UUUAAUUUUAAAACUAAAACUAAACAAAAAUGGGCUGUUGUGGAGUAUUUUUGAAAUGGCUGCUAUAUUUCUUUAAUCUCCUAGCAGUGCUCGUUGGCAUUCUUCUCAUCGUUCUUGGCAGUCUCAUGCUGGAUGGCCUAGGAGAAGUGAAGUCGUCCAAAAUUAUUGAAAACGUUGAUGUCAUACCAAUAUUGAUCAUAGUGCUGGGUGCAUUGAUAUUCAUUGUAUCAUUUAUGGCCUGCUGUGGUGCGAUCAAGGAGAUCAAUUGUUGUGUUCUAAUAGUAAGUUUUUUUAUGCUCAUCCUAUUGGGUCUGCAAAUCGCGCUCGUUGUUUGGGUUUUCGUGAGAAAAGAUCAGUUUCUCAAAACUAUGGACUCCAUUGUUUACGAUGCAUUUGAGGACAGAGACGAUCAAACCGAUAAUUCAAUGAACUUAAUCCAAAUCACGUUCAACUGCUGUGGCUACACUGAUUACAAGGAUUAUAACAGCACAGGCGUGCCUCCUUCUUGCUGUGGCUUUUCUGAAACAACCGCCUCAUGUCCAUCGUCUAUUUACACCACCAAAGAAGGUUGCAAAACGGCAUUUUACAAUUUCUGGGAUGAUAAUUUGAAAUAUGUACGAUUUGGCGGCAUUGUGGUGAUUGUCAUCGAAUUUUUGGCUUUGGUAUCAGCAUGCAGUGUUGCCGUAUACAUACGAAAAUCAUUGAAUUCGAAUAGGCCAAAUGGGGCUUAGUUUAAAUUUGAGUUACUUGUUAAUAGUCAGGAGAUUGCAAUUCUUUUUUAAUUUGGCUAAGCUAAGAUGGCCAUCGUCAUUGUCAGAUAACAUUCUCAAAA